AGAGAAGAAGCAGGCAGCCCAAGACAGGUUGACGAUGUGUCAAACUGUGUAAGGGAAUCGCAUGGAGAUGGGCAUUCCGAACUGUUAAUGGGGACAUGGGACUCCAGUUGUCUCUGAUCACUUGUGUGGAUUUUCCCGGUGUAGAACGACAGAAGCCGCUAGUAAGUCAUCAAGACCUACGGCAGGAAUUCUGCACGAAAGGGCAUCACAUCUUGUUAUUUUAACUUGUGUCUGGGAGAAUGUCUGAGCCAGGAGACCUGAAUCAGGCAGCAGUGGAGGAGGGCGGGACUGAGCAGGAGUCUGCCACCCCGGAGAACGGCAUUGUGAAAUCAGAGAGUCUGGAUGAAGAGGAGAAACUGGAACUGCAGAGGCGGCUGGCAGCUCAGAAUCAAGAAAGAAGAAAAUCCAAGUCAGGAGCAGGAAAAGGUAAACUGACUCGCAGUCUUGCUGUCUGUGAAGAAUCCUCAGCCAGGCCAGGAGGUGAAAGUCUUCAGGAUCAGGAAUCAAUUCAUUUACAGCUUUCCAGUUUUCCCAGCCUGCAAGAGGAUGAUAAAUCUAGGAAAGAUGACUCAGAAAGAGAAAAAGAAAAGGAUAAAAACAAAGAUAAAACCUCUGAAAAACCCAAGAUCAGAAUGUUAUCAAAAGAUUGCAGCCAAGAAUACACGGAUUCUACUGGCAUAGACUUACAUGAGUUUCUGAUUAACACAUUAAAGAAUAAUUCCAGGGACAGGAUGAUACUCUUGAAAAUGGAGCAAGAAAUUAUUGAUUUCAUUGGUGACAACAACAAUCAUUAUAAAAAGUUCCCUCAGAUGUCAUCCUAUCAGAGGAUGCUUGUCCAUCGGGUGGCAGCUUACUUUGGGUUGGAUCACAAUGUGGAUCAAACAGGGAAAUCUGUUAUCAUCAACAAGACCAGCAACACAAGAAUACCAGAGCAAAGGUUUUGUGAACAUUUAAAAGAUGAAAAAGGUGAAGAAUCCCAGAAGCGGUUUAUCUUGAAGCGAGAUAACUCUAGUAUUGAUAAAGAAGACAAUCAGCGAAACAGAAUGCAUCCCUUUAGAGAUGACAGACGAAGUAAAUCAAUUGAAGAGAGAGAAGAGGAAUAUCAGAGAGUGAGGGAGAGAAUAUUUGCACACGAUUCAGUUUGCUCCCAGGACAGCCUUUUUGUGGAAAACAGUAGGCUCUUGGAAGACAGUAACAUAUGCAAUGAGACCUAUAAGAAAAGACAGCUCUUUCGGGGCAACAGAGAUGGCUCAGGGAGAACAUCCGGGAGUCGACAGAGCAGCUCGGAGAAUGAGCUCAAGUGGUCGGACCACCAGAGGGCCUGGAGCAGCACAGACUCUGACAGUUCCAACCGCAAUCUCAAGCCUACCAUGACCAAGACGGCAAGUUUUGGGGGCAUCACGGUGCUGACCAGGGGUGACAGCACAUCCAGUACCAGGAGUACCGGGAAAUUGUCCAAAGCAGGUUCUGAGUCUAACAGCAGCACAGGCUCCUCGGGGUCUCUGUCCCGCACCCACGCACCCCUGCAGGGCAUGCCCCUGGCUGCGGGCGUGGCCGCUGGCUCUCCGGGCUGUGUGCCCUAUCCAGAGGGCGGAGCAGGGGGCCAGGCAGCCCCCAGCACCAGCUACAUCCUCCUUCCACUGGAGGCUGCGACAGGCAUCCCGCCCGGAAGCAUCCUUCUCAAUCCGCACACAGGCCAGCCCUUUGUGAAUCCUGACGGAACCCCUGCAAUAUACAACCCCCCCACCAGCCAGCAGCCCCUGCGAGGCUCGAUGAUGGCGCAGUCCCAGCCGCCGCCGCAGCAACAGCCUUCUCCUCAGCCACCCCAGCCACAUAUGGCCGGUCCGCUGGUCACUCAGAGAGAUGAUGUGGCGACACAGUUCACCCAGAUGAACCUGAGCCGGCAAUCCUCAGGAGAGACUCCUGAGCCCCCAUCUGGUCCUGUCUACCCGCCGUCCCUCAUGGCACAGCCAACCCAACAGCCAAGCUACGUCAUUGCCUCUACAGGCCAGCAGCUCCCUACGGGGGGGUUCUCAGGCUCUGGACCUCCCAUCUCCCAGCAAGUCCUCCAGGCCCCUCCCUCACCACAGGGAUUUGUGCAACAGCCUCCACCUGCACAGAUGUCCGUAUAUUACUAUCCAUCUGGUCAGUACCCUACCUCAACCACGCAGCAGUACCGACCCCUGGCCUCCGUUCAGUACAGUACUCAGAGGGGUCAGCCGAUGCCACAGGCAGCACAACAAGCAGGUUACCAGCCAGUCUUGUCUGGCCAACAGGGGUUCCAAGGCCUCAUAGGAGUGCAGCAGCCGCCCCAGAGUCAGAGCGUGAUGAGCAACCAGCCAGGAGCUCCGGUGCAAAGCGUGAUGGUCUCCUACCCAACAAUGUCUUCUUAUCAGGUGCCAAUGACCCAGGGUUCUCAAGGACUGCCCCAGCAGUCAUACCAACAGCCAAUCAUGCUACCUAACCAGGCAGGUCAAGGGUCACUCCCAGCCACUGGAAUGCCUGUUUACUGUAAUAUCACACCGCCGACGCCUCAGAACAACCUUAGGCUGAUCGGUCCACACUGCCCCUCCAGCACUGUCCCUGUGAUGUCGGCUAGCUGCAGGACAAACUGUGCAACUAUGAGCAACACCGGGUGGCAGGUCAAAUUCUGAGUGCUCUGGCUGUGCUACAUGUUUGUGAUCUUACUCAUGGCCUUUAAGGGAAGAGGAGCAAGGUGGGAGACUGGCUGAGGACUCAAGCAUUCACUCAACACUCAAAUGAUUGCUGCUGGUAUUCUGUAAAAAAACAAACAGAAAAACAAACAAAAAAAAAAAAACAAAGACUAAUACACACAUUAGCUGUUUAAUGGUGCAUAUUUCUGUCAUGUCUGCUAGGUAUGCCUUUAGCUUAGCUAGUGACAUGAAUUCAUCAAGGUAAGAUUUUCUCCUACCACUGAAUACCACUGUGUAGAUUGUAAUAUCCCUAAUUUGGAUUAUUAGUUUUGUACUUUGUGUUGAGUUUGUGAUGCUAAAAGUAUUUAAAAAUGAUAUACUGAAAUCACAUUGUACCAAAGCUGUAAUGGAAAAGAAAAGAAUUGAAGAAUGGAAGGAAUAAUUUAUAUACACUAUAGAGUUUUCUUUUUUAAUGGAUAUAUACUGUAUUGUAGUGUUUAAUCAAAAUAAAACUAUUUGACCUUAUGGAGGAAGGUCAUGUUUUUACCACCA